AAACCCUCUGAAUGUUUUAGCCGCUCAUUAUUCUUGUGAAGGAAGAGAGAGGGAGGGAGGAAAAGAUGCAGAUAUUCGUGAAAACCCUAACCGGCAAGACCAUAACUCUCGAGGUCGAGAGCAGCGAUACCAUUGACAACGUCAAAGCCAAGAUCCAAGACAAAGAAGGAAUCCCACCGGACCAACAACGUCUCAUCUUCGCCGGAAAACAGCUCGAAGAUGGCCGUACCUUGGCUGACUACAACAUCCAGAAAGAAUCAACACUUCAUCUUGUUCUGAGGUUGAGAGGUGGAAUUAUCGAGCCUUCUUUGAUGGCUUUGGCUCGCAAAUACAACCAAGACAAGAUGAUUUGCCGCAAGUGUUAUGCUCGUCUGCAUCCAAGAGCCGUGAACUGCCGCAAGAAGAAGUGUGGUCACAGCAAUCAGUUGAGGCCGAAGAAGAAGAUCAAGUAGAUACUGACUGGUGUUAUCCUGUCUGCUUUAAAAGAAAUUGAAUGUCAGACGAGGAAAAUAUUUCCAUUUGGUUCUUUUGCUAUUAUUCUAUUUUGUUGAGAUUUUGUUUUGGGUUCCGGAUUUGAUGUUCCAAUGUAUGUUUGGACAAUCUUAUGUGUUUUGUCUUGGAAAUUUUAAGAACACUGUUUUAGAAAUAUUAUUUAAAAAUGUUAGUGUUAAAAUCAAA